ACAAGGAAACAUUUAUGGUGAGUCUCAUUGUUAAUCUGUCAUUUAAAUGUAACUGAAUCUAAAAAAAAUCACAAAAAUGAGAAAAGCACAAAUAGUUUUAGUUUUUGUUAUUUAGAUUUUGUGAUUUAGAGACAUCUGGACUAAUUCUGAAGUCAGAACCUUGAAGACUGCAAGAUGAGCAGUCCACAGAGCUGCACAGAGGAUGAAGCUCCUGACGCUCAACAUGCAGAAUCAACCAGAGGGUCAAAGGUCACCUCAGAGAGAAUGGCCCUGUUCUCUUUCUGUGUUCUCCUGGCAGCAGCUGUCAUUGUUAUUUACCGUCUCUCUGUUGAAAACUGGCUUAGCAGAAAAAAUCUCCAAACACUGAAUGAAGAGAAUGCAGCUUUGAGGAAAACUCUCACAGAAGUAAAAUCAUGCAGCAAUAAGCACCUCACGUGUCCUGAAAUUCCUAAAGUAAAUAUAAACGGGCCAUGUGGAUGUGAUGAAGGCUGGGAGCAACAUGGAGGAAAGUGUUAUUACUUCUCUACCAAUAAAUCAUCCUGGACAGAGAGCAGAGAUGACUGCAGGGCUAAAGGAGGAGACCUGGUUAAGAUAGAUAACUGGUGUGAGCAGAUUUUUCUAAAAACCAGAUUGAAUAGAAAAAUGGACGACUUUGACGACAUGUUCUGGAUUGGCCUGACAGAUGCAGUGGAAGAGGGCAGAUGGUUGUGGUUGGAUGGCUCACCACUAAACACAAGUUUGUCUUUUUGGGCUGACCAUGAGCCGGACAACUGGACUAAUGAAAAUCCUGAUGGAGAGCAUUGUGUAAGGAUGGGGGAGGAAGAAGGGGAAGAACCUCUGAAGACUUGGGUCGUUGUCCUGCUGGAAGGUGAACCUCCGCCCCAGUCUCAAAUACAGCCACCUAUAACUGCCACUGUCCUCGGUCCUACUGUUGCUGAUGUUGUUGGUGACCUGCCGACGGUGCCGAUGACGACAAUGAUGAUGAUGAUGCCACUGAUGCGUUUGGGUCGGUCACAGAAGACCACGUCCUCAUCGAGAGACAGUGCACUUGGGACACCACGGUUCAAGCCGCACUCACGCAAGGGACUUGUUCCCUGA